CACCUGCCCCCUUAUAAGCCUCAGUAAGUCACCCGGGAGACCUCCACCAGCGUUUCACUUGACUGUUCCUGGCGCUGCAAAAAGGGAGGACUGGGGCUUUUAAUAAAUCCGUCAAACUGUUCUGCUCACCGUUUCCUGCCUCAGGUGCCCCAGCACAUGACUCUAAAAGUACUUGAGGUCUCCAUGCCCUCCUGUUCCUAGCGACAGCCCGGUGCGACAAUGACCAUCCAUGUAGAGGGGCUUGUGGCUAUCGCGCUCUUCUAUAUGCUCAUCCUGUUCGUGGGCAUCUGGGCGGCAUGGAAGAACAAACACUCCGGGGAGGCGGAGGGCACCGACCGCAGCGAAACCAUCAUGGUCGGAGGGAGAGACAUUGGAUUAUUUGUCGGAGGUUUUACUAUGACAGCGACCUGGGUUGGAGGUGGAUACAUCAAUGGCACAGCUGAAUAUGUGUAUUUACCUGAUUAUGGUUUGGCUUGGGCGCAAGCUCCCUUUGGAUACGCCCUCAGUCUUGUCGUGGGUGGUCUUUUCUUCGCUAAGCCCAUGCGCUCACGAGGUUACGUCACCAUGUUGGACCCAUUCCAGCAGCUGUAUGGAAAACGCAUGGGUGGCCUCCUCUUCAUACCUGCACUGAUGGGAGAGAUCUUCUGGUCCGCCGCCAUCUUGUCUGCUCUGGGUGCGACUCUGAGCGUCAUUGUGGACAUCAACAUUAAGAUGUCCGUGGUUAUCUCAGCUCUUAUUGCAAUCUUCUACACGCUGGUUGGAGGACUUUACUCUGUGGCCUACACUGACGUUGUGCAGCUCUUCUGUAUCUUCAUUGGCCUGUGGAUCAGUGUCCCCUUUGCCUUGACCAACCAGGCCGUGUCAGACAUCACUGUGACUGCAGUGAAGCAGGUGUACCAGUCGCCCUGGAGAGGCAGCAUCGACAAGAGCGACACCUGGGUCUGGAUUGACAACUUCUGCCUCCUGAUGCUGGGAGGAAUACCCUGGCAGGUGUACUUCCAGAGAGUCCUCUCAGCCUCAUCAGCCACCUACGCUCAAGUCCUCUCCUUCCUGGCUGCCUUCGGGUGCCUCGUCAUGGCUGUGCCCUCUGUGCUCAUCGGGGCCAUCGGGGCCUCCACAGACUGGAACCAGACCUCGUAUGGUGCCAUUCCUCCGAAAGACAAGGACCAAGCCGACAUGAUUCUUCCCAUUGUGCUGCAACACCUUUGCCCGCCAUUCGUCUCUUUCUUUGGCCUGGGCGCCGUGUCUGCUGCGGUCAUGUCAUCUGCCGACUCCUCCAUCCUUUCGGCAAGCUCCAUGUUUGCGAGAAACAUCUACCAGCUUGCAUUUAGACAAUCGGCGUCUGACCGUGAGAUCGUAUGGGUGAUGCGUAUCACCAUCUUUGUAUUUGGUGGCCUUGCCACUUUGAUGGCGCUGGUAACCGGGACAGUUUAUGGCCUCUGGUACCUGAGCUCGGACCUGGUUUACGUGAUCAUUUUCCCCCAGCUGAUCAGUGUCCUCUUUGUCAAAGGCACCAACACGUACGGCUCGGUGGCUGCCUACGUGUUCGGAAUGUUGUUACGAAUCGGCGGAGGUGAACCCUACCUGCAGCUGCCUCCUUUCAUUUACUACCCCGGCUGGACCACUGAGCAGAGGAAGCACCACAUUACUGGAGACAUGGAGGACGUGAUUGUCCAGAAGUUCCCCUUUAAGACUGUCUCCAUGCUCGCCUCUUUUCUUGGUAACGUUGCUGUCUCCUACCUGGCAAAGUACCUGUUUGAGAGCGGGAAGAUUUCACACAAGUACGACUUUCUAGACGCCGUGGUGUCUAAACACAGUGGAGAAAUUAUGGAUAAGACCACGCUUGUAACUCGUGGCAACAACAUCGGGCUGUCAGAGAUGGCACCCGUUAAACCGCGGCUGAGCGUGACCUUGGCGGCAGCCUUCACACGCCGUGACACGCUGGCAAAAGAAACAGUGGAAGAGGAGGAGGAGUCAAGCCCUGACUCCUCCCACCAUGAUGAUGAAUGACAAACUGAGGAUGGGAUUUAAAAACACAGAGACAUGAUGGGAACUGCCAGAUAACUGGUUACUCUGUCAUAUAUACUGGAACAAAACAAAGACUAAUAGACGACAGGGGACAAUGCCCCUGGAACUAUGUUACCACCACAUGCCGCUUUGUGGUGAUUGGAUAAAUUCCACAUGUCUGGAUAUAUAGUGUAGCAGCUUGCUGGUCGUCUGGACAUAAACUUGUCUUUCAGUGAAGUUCUUCCAACCACACAUUUAAUCAUAUAAAACUUAUAGAUAGUUGGGUGUAUCAUAUUCACCUUUUUUGAACUGGUUUGGAGAUUUACUUGGUUUGACUGGUUUCAUUUUCUCCUCCAUUCACCUUGUUUGCGCAGAAGCCAUUUCUCUCGCCGUCACUCUCAACGGGAGAAACUCAAAUGCUGCCAUCAUGUUGUACAGCUGUGUUUAGGUUCUCAAGAUGUUUUAACAUUUAGAGCAUUCCACUGCUUCCUGACUAAUCAGCAACUUACAAAUGAUGACAGUGAUGGUGAAAAUCUGUCGUGACAUUGGGACCUAUUUCAUGGUCAACAACUUAUUAUACAACAAAAUAGCUACCGCCAGACAACACCUAUUGAUAGCAUGCGACCCCUUUUUUUGGUAAAAUUACCGUUUGCUAAAAAUGAAUGCCUGUCCUGUCACAUUUUGUAAGACUAAUAACAUCUAAUGUUAGCAUUCAGGUGCCAGCUAACAGUUAAGUUAGCAAGUAAGUGGCUUAAGCUAAUGUUAAUUGUUGUACGAUACGAUACACUUUAUUGUCCCCUUGAGGAAAUUUGUCUUGGAAUCAAAGCGCUGCCAAACAUUCAGCUGCUUUCACUCGAAUCAGUAAAUAAAAAAACAAUAGAAAAACCACAUCCACACAUAAACAAAAAGGCACCUACCAAUACAGAACAACACAACAUGUAUUGCACAUUACCCAUAUUGCACAAGAUCUGCAAAAACACAGCAUGAGAGAUACAAUUACAAAGGUAAGAAAAUAUAAAAAGCCUACAGGGACACCAUGACGCUUUUGUCUUACAGUGAAAUGGGUUUUCAAAUAUGAUGAUUUUUUUUUUAAUUACUCUAUGCCCACCCAGAGUUUAACUGUUCACUUUCUUCUCAGCUGCUUACAGUCUGAUAGCAAUGAAAUGAUUAUAUUUUGUCUGAUUCACUUCGUUUAUAAUUCUUUUAACCUGAAACACAGCAAUGCUAAAUCAUAGCAGCAUUUGAGCUUCCUGCUCGGAGUUUGACGUCUGUGGAAACCAGCCGCUGUCUGAAUAUGAUCAAUAAUUCUAAAAGAGGAUAUGCCAAGGUAUGUGUAAAAUUAAAAAAUAGCAAUAUCACAUACACACUCUUGAUCAUCUAAAAAGAAAUGAUGCAAUGAAAACAGGAUAAAUGAUGGCUUUAAUACUGCAGAUCAAAACACUAGAUUUAUCUGGAUUUUGAUUUAUACAUUAUUUCACAGAGUAAAUGUCAUAAUGUUAAAUCGACUUUAUAUAAUAACUACAUCCAAAAACUUAAUUUUUAAUUUGAUAAAGUUUUGACAGGCUGUCCUGUGUAACAUUUAAUAUUAAUAUAAGACACAUCAUGACUGUGAAUCAACAAAGAAACCACCCCAUGUAUCAUGCUGAGUAGAAAAUAUACGUAGUAAUGGUAGUUAACUUGAAGCAUUAGAUCAAACUCUCUUUCCUGUCAGGUUAGCAGCAGUUUUAAACCUAGAGUCAGUGUAAUUUAGUGUUUCACAAGGAUCUUAUAUUUAACUGCCUUAACGACGCUCAGAAGAAGAGAAACUAUAUUUCCACAGCCGUGACUGAACUCCAGUCAGACUGCAGCGAACAAAGACUUGAAAAUGAAUGUAACCUCUACAGAAGAUCUGAAUAUAUCAAGUAGUGUACUUCUGCUGUUUGUGUAUGUUUUGAGUUUGUGAUUUUAGCAAAGUCAAACUGUAUCUGCUGCAGUAACGCUGCAGGUUCUUUAAAAAAAAAUCUGUUCUUGAUUUGUCCUUAACAGCAGUGUAGAGAUGAUUUUCUUUGUCAUGUGUAUGUUUGUAUAAAUAUGGAGAUAAAAAAGGCUAUAUAUAUAAAAAAAAAAAAGAAGUAAUGCUGGUUCAGAUUGUUCAUAUAAGAUGGAAAGGAUGCUGUCUAAAUGUUUAUUUAUUUUUGAUGUCAUAAAAGAUGAAACAAUAAAAAAGAAUAAGUUAUCAGGAAAUAUAUAUAAAUUCUGCUUCUCUAAGGAAAAAAAUGGUCUACC